AGGAUGAGUGGGCGCAGUGCAGCGCUUUGCGUGGGCGUGGCCUUGGCGCUGGUGGGCGUGGCGUGGGCUGCCGUUCCCGGGCCCAACGACCCGAGGUACCCUGACUACAUCGUUGACCCCCGCGUGACCUGCUCCAAAGAAGGCUCAUUCCAUCAUCCACGCAACUGCUCGUGGUAUUACAGGUGCGUGGACCGCAUGAAGAUCGGCUACUUCUGGACGUACUACUUCGAGUGCGAGCCGGGCACUGUGUUUGCCGACGAGCUGGACCAGUGCGUGCACCCGUUCCUGGCGGCGCCGCCCUGUGGCUCUCCACCCACGACCACGCCCACGCCCAAGCCUCAGGUCGUGCCGUGCACGGGCGUGGAGGGUACGUGCACGACCUACGACAUUUGCCGGCCGCAGCGGGUCAAGAAGACCUUCUGCGCCGAGAUCCGCUGCAACCUGAGGACGUCCAACCUGCGCUGCCCGGCCGGCAUGCUGUUCGACAUGAGCAGCGAGCAGUGCGCGUUCCCUCCUAAAGAGACCGACCUGUGCAAGGUGUUCGGGUGCGUGGGGGUGCCUGGCACGUGCACCACGUACAAGGUAUGCCGCCCGACGGUGUCUGAGCGCGUGCUCUGUAGGAAGAUGCAGUGCAGCGGCCACUCCACGCCCCUCACCUGCUCCCCGGGGAAGGAGUUCGACGUGGCCACCAGGCAGUGCAUGACGCCGCCCUCGGAGAUCGACCUCUGCGCGGCGAAGACCAACAUCACCGUCAGCGAGCAGGGUCAGCUCAAGUGCUCCUACGACAACCUGUAUCCGAGCAACGACUUCACGUCGAGGCUCCACUGCGAGACAUUCUCGCUCUGUGACGCCGGCAUCUAUCGGGGCCAGAAGGAGCUGUGCGAAACCUACUACGAGUGCUACCGCGCCGGGAGCGAGUGGCGCGUGCGGCCGCUGAGCUGCGUGGCCGGCCUCCUCUACAGCCACGCGGAGGGGCAGUGCGUCGUCCCGCCGACAGCUGCCGAGCUUUGCAGGCCUUAAAUUGCCAAGAGUUUCACCCUGCACAUUUGCACGUGCGUGUGUAAGAAUGUGUGUGUGUAUAUGAGCCUGUGUGUGUGCGCAUGUCCAUUUAGCCAAGGUACCUGGUAUUACCCUGGUGAUAGUAAUAUGUAAGAUGUUAAUAUUGAAUGUUGCAAUACGCAUAGAAUACCCAAGUUUCCCUUUGUAUUGUUAUUAGCCAGAUCUUCGUCAGGUCCUUUAAAGCGGAAUGUACAGUAAAGUGUCCGCGCUUAUAA